AUGGAAAGAAAAAAGGGUAAGGGUAGGCAAAAGAUCGAAUUGAAGUUUGUUGAAUCAAAAGAGGCACGCUAUGUUACUUUUUCAAAAAGGAAACUGAGUUUGUUCAAGAAAAUUAAUGAAUUUUCAGCUUUGACAGAAGCAAAUGUUGUUGUUCUCCUCUUUUCACCUAGUGGAAAGCCAUACUCCUAUGGCAACACUAGUAUCGAAAAAAUAACUGAUAAAUGUUUUAAAUGGAAAUUAAAUAAUUCCCAUGUUGUUGAUCAAGCUGAAGGGGAUAAAUCAAAUAUCUUUCAAGCAUUUGAUGAUCUCGCUGAAGAAUUAAAAAUCUUGAACGAGAUCGAAAAAAAUCGAAAAAUGAGGUAUAAGAUCUUGUAUCCUGAUUCAGAAAUACCACCUGAUAAACAAAGGUUGGAGCAAUUGGUAGCACUCAAGUUGCGAUUGGACAAAAUGAAAAAAGAAGCAAAAAGUAAUGUUCUUGCCGAGCAAUUCAAAUUUGAUUUGAAUGUUGUUGUUGAGCCAAACGAGGGAGAAAAGAACUAUUUGAUGUUCUAUAUAUCAGCUAAACUGUAUGACAAGAAUCAUAGUGAGUAUACAGCAAGUGCACAUCACCAAAAUUCUCCCUGCAAUGCAAGCCAGCACCCGAGAAUUGUAAUAGCUGUCAUCUGUGUUAACACCAUUGCUUCUCCCCGAAAUCUCAAUGCUUCACUCCUUUGGCUUGAGGUGUUACUCGGUUUCUACAUAAGGCAUCAAAUGCCUUUUCAGGGACAUAAUGUUAUGAUCCAAAUAUGGCUUUCAAGAUAUGAGGAUCAGCACAGUUGUGUCACCGAAGACCAAGCCAAAGGCAUUAAGCUGUAG